AUGCAAGGACGUGGGGGUGGUAGGGAUCCUUUCUCCGAUCUUGGUGACCCUUUUGGUGCUUUUGGAGGGUUUGGCUCCUUUGGACCUCCCAGGAGUUUAAUAUCAAGCUUUUUUGGGGGUAGGGAUCCAUUUGAUGAUCCUUUCUUCACCCAGCCUUUUGGAGGGAUGUUUGGAUCUAGUACCUUUGGUGGUCAUACUGGAUUUCCUUUUCCGCCUGGUAUGCAUUCAUCUGGGUUUCUUCAGCAUCAACUCCCAGGGAUGCAUCCGUCUGGGUUCCUUGAGCGUCAAGCUCCAGAGCCUAGUAGGCAAAGGGGACCAAUCAUUCAGGAAUUGGACUCUGAUGAGGAAAAUGAGGACACAACAGAGGAGAGGAAAGAAAAUCCAAGAAAGCAUAGUAGGUCAAAUGAUGAACCCUCUGUUGAACAUCCAGAUGAUGAAACUGAAGGGAAGAAGAGCAGAUAUUUGCAGGCUGGAAAUGAGUACAACAGAGUCAUUACAACUGGGCCUCAGCCUCAAUCUCACAGCUUCUGCUUCCAAAGCUCAACUGUCAGCUAUGGUGGUCCAAAUGGAACGUAUUAUACUUCCUCAAGGACAAGAAGGCGUGGGAGUGAUGGAGUGACCUUUGAAGAGAGCAAGGAGGCUGAUAGUUCAACAAGAGAAGCUUCUCACUUAAUUUCUAGAGGCAUUCAUGGCAAGGGUCAUUCCCUCUCCAAGAAAUUGAAUUCUGAUGGUAGGGUGGAUACUAUGCAGACUUUGCACAAUAUAAAUGAAGAGGAACUUACUGGCUUUGAAGAAGAAUGGAAACUAAAGGGUCAAAAGUAUUUGCCUGGAUGGACUGGUAGUAUUGAAGCUAGUGGGAGUAAUGGGCAAGCUGAGCCCGCGAGGCGGGGUGGUUGGGCACUUCCUUCUUCGGAUCCGGUGGUAACAUUAUCUGAAACAAAUGAAGUUGGUUCUUCUCGCGAACACGAGAGGGCAAGGCCCCAUCCAAAUGGUAGCAAACCACACAACCGUCCAGGAGUAGGGCGUGGCCGAAAUUAA